AUGUCAAGGAAACGAGAAGAUGAACAGCUGACGGUUUCUGUAAGCGGCGAAGAAUUUUCUUCGUCGGAAGAAGAGAAUGAAGUGUUUUCUGAAGAACCAUCAGCAGUGAUGAAGCCUGCUCUGGCCACCGCAAUAGAGAAGCAAGUUAAGACGAAGCCUGCUCUUGCCGCAGCAACGGAGAAGGAUUCCGAAAGUGGUUCGGAAUCUGAACUUGACAAGGUUGUGACGAAGCCAUCUCUCGACGCCACAACAGAGAAGGAUUCCGAAAGUGAUUCUGAAACUGAACCCGAGAAGGUUGUGAUGAAGCCUUCUCUCACUGCCACAAAGGAGAAGGACGAGAGGGUGGUGACGAAGCCUCCUCUUGCCGCCGCAGCGGAGAAGGAUUUCAAAAGUGAUUCCGAAUCUAAACCCGAGAAGGUUGUGACGAAGCCUUCUCUCGCCGCCACAACUGAAAAGGAUUCCAAAAGUGAUUCUAAAUCCAAAUCAGAGAAGGUUGUGACAAAGCCUUCUCUCGCCACCCCAAGAGAGAAGGAUCCCAAAAGUUAUUCCGAAUAUGAACCCGAGAAGCGCCCUGUAAACGAAUCCUCAGUGAGAAAGCGCUCCCGCUCCUAUGAGUCAGACGAAGGAGGAGUGUCAGUGAAGAGUGUCAAGGUCGUGUUAGUGGAGAGGAAACCAUACUUCCAACGUCUAUGGACUGAAGAUGAUGAGAUGCUUGUCUUACAAGGUGAUGAUCCAACAUUUGUCAACGCUCGUGAUCACAAGGCCUUUGACUUGUCUAAGCUUGAUUGGUUAGCUCGUAAAUAA